CUUUGGGAUCGAGCUUUCUUCUAUCCGUUUGAUCCUUUUUAUGGAACGGUCGAUCUCUUUACUAAAAUAGUCAAUAUUUUUGCUUAUGAGUUCCUUACAGACGCAUAACGAGUUAAAUUGUUGAACUUAUUUUCCAUUAGGAUGGACAUGUUCGUGCAACCCGACAAAUCGUAAAAUUUUUUCUCGGUCCACCAUUUUGUUCAAUCACCAAUUCACCAUAGACAUACUCAGAGCCCAGAGGCUCAUUCUCCAAUUAGUUAAUCCACAAAUUUGGGCCUUCAUAAAGCCUCUAAAUGGGCUUUCUUGAUAAUGAUGGGAAGUCCAUCUUUUGUCGGCCCGGAGUACAGAUGGCAGCUCACGAACGCAUAAACAAGAAAAGAAUCACCGAGUCGAAGAUCUGAGAGAGAAAUCAAACGGAAAAUCCGAUCGCCAUGACUGAACCGCAGAAACCACCUCAAACCGACCUCCCUUCUUCCUCUUCAUCAGCUCCGACGGAAUUCAAGCCCGCCGGUAAAAGCAGCGCCGGUUUCCUAGGUCAAAAGCCCCACUUCCCGAACCCGCCCGACUCCAGGAACCCGGACCCGGCUACCCUGAGGGAACAAUGGCGAUUCGCCAUCAGGCAGUAUAGCAGGUGGUAUUCCCAAGCCUGGGGUUCGGCGAUUCUCGCCGGCCUCUCCUUCUUCGCCCUCGGGUGGGUCAUCAAAGGCGGCAAUCCUCUCCCCUCCUUCAAACCCGACGACGACAGCAACAACAAUGACAACCCUUCCUCUUCUGUGACCGCCGAUACCAAUGCUCGCCGUUGAAUCUGACUCGUAAGUUUCCGCUCUCUUUCUGAUUGGAUUUUGAGAAACUGUCAAAUUAGUCACUCCUUCUCUCUACUAGUAUCACUGAUUUUGAAGUUGGGUUGCCUGUAUUUCAGUUGUCUGAAUUUGGUCGGUUUCAGUGUUCAUCCUUCUGAAUUCAUCAUCGACUACGGAAAUGUCUGUUUUGCAGGCGAAUGAAGAAUGAAGAAUGCAGAAAAAAACCACCCUGACUCUGCAAUUUCCUUGAUCAGUUUUACACACGAGUUUAGCAGAAUGUUGCGUUUGGAUUGAAAUUACUGAAAGGGUUUGUAACAUAUUGAUCUUCUCUGUUUUUCUCCUUUCUGGGGGGUCCUUCGACAAUGUAAAAGUAGCUGUUUGUUUUGGAUUUGCUGUAUAAGACUUCCCUGCUGAUGCUCAAUGUGAAAGAAAACACUAGUUUGGUUCUUCAUUAGCAACGUUGAAACCCCAAAUAGAAUGCUGGAAGCAAAGAAAUAGAACUGCUACAU